GGGAGGGGUGGGGCGGAGCCGGCGUGGCGGUGCUAGUGAGUCUCCCAAGGUGACUGGAGUUGGGCUGGGGUGGCUUCGUGGUGCCCCUGUACAUUUUCUCUUGUGGCAUCGUAGCUAAAACAUCACUGUCAUCAUGAUUCUGCGUCAGAUCCUGCGACUUUCUUCCAUUUUUCGCACUGCUGUUUCCAUCCACUUGCGUAGAAACAUAGGGCUUUCUGCUGUUGUCUUUAAUAAGACAAAAGAGCUUGAUCCAGUUCAGAAGCUCUUUUUGGACAAGAUCAGAGAGUACAACACAAAGAGCAAGCAAGCUGGAGGUCCUGUUGAUGCAGGCCCUGAAUUUCAGAAAGACAUGAAUGAAUCUCUUGCUAGACUUCAGCGGGCAUAUGGUGAGGGAGAUCUAACCAAGUUUCCAGAAUUCAAAUUUGAGGAGCCCAACUUUGAGGAGACUCCCAAGUGAUACCUUCAAGUUGUGUACCCAAAAGCAGUGUAUAUCAAUGGAGUUGCUGAACGUGGCACCAGUUGUAACUUAAUAAAUGCAGUUUGUUUGACUCCAGAGGCAUAAGUCUCUAUGUGUAUGGUGAGCAUAGUCAGCUAUGAUCAUCAACCCUUUAAACGACUGAGGUAUCUGACUAGUGUUUCACACUGCUAACUGCACAACUCCCAUCUCCAAGCUACAUUUUAGUACAGAGAAGUUAACACACUUCAUAAUGAUACACCAACAAGGAACAACUUGUGUUUUCUGAGUUUGUCACAUCAAAAAAGCUUCUGCAGAAA